AUGUAUUGCUGCUCUUGUGGCAAGGAGUUACAAAGUGCCUUUGUGUUCUGCCCAUCAUGCGGAACGAGAAAGGGCGAAACAAGCGGUAUCAUUAGUCCGUCAAAUACAGAAACGGACAGCGCCAAUGCAGAUAGCAGCAAAAGAAAACGGCAAUCAGCAAGCACGAAUCCUCCAUCGUUUUCGGCGUACAUGAAGCAGAAGGAGACAGAGAGACAGUCUCAUUUCAAGCCAAAUAAAAAGAAGGGCCGCGUGGGAGAAACACAAGCCAAAGCUAAAGAUGAAGUUAUCAUUAACGUUGGCUUGAUGGAAUACGAAUAUGGCGAGGCCAAAAUCCAGCGUGGCAAGUCAUUUCCUGUGAAAUUGUCCAGAGAUAUGGGUUAUGACGAGGUAAGAGAGAGAGCGUUGAAAAAGUGGGAGGAUUACGACAGAACUUUUUCCAGAGAUCGUGGAUACGUCGUAACGUUUCAAGAUGGAAAAUUGGCGAAACAGAUACCUGGCAGCUCAGAGGAAUUCACGCUGAGAAAAUACAAAGAAGGGCUUGGCAAGAGCUAUAGUAGAAUAGUCCUGUACCUUUGCCCUGCGACGGAAAAAAGGAUAGAGAGUACAAUGCCAAUAACAAACUGGUUAAGUGAAGAAGAAGCAGAGAUAGAGAGGGUUUUAUGGGACUCUGACAGUAAUGUAGAUGAUUUCGCUGAUGAUUUCAUUGAUUCUUCCACUGAGGCAUCUGCCACUCCUGUUCCUGUUCCUUCUCCUCACCAGCCUGAGGUUAUACAGCUUUUUGAGGUUGCUGACUUUUUGUAAGUACUUCUGUUUUUGUAUCAGUCAAAUCCAAGUGUCCCCCUCCCCCUGGGCAACUGCGGGGCAUUUUCCUGUCAAGCACGUCCCGGGGGGUGGGAAUGCAAACCUUUUCCCAGGGGUGGGGCAUUUGAAAUUAAGAAUAUGGAGGUUUCUAAAGUCUCUAGAAUUAAGAGCAAGAUGCCACAAACUUCCAUGAUAAACCAGAGUACAGUAUAUAAUAAAACCAGUCAAAUGGAACAACCACACCACAAACUGUCAAACUUUUAAUAUAAAUGCACACUAGAGUGUGACGACCAGUGCUUUCACUAUUCAAUUUAAAAAUUCCUGUGAUUUGUGCCAAAAUUUUCUUGAAAGUGGAAACGCUGGACUGGGCUAGAGUUGACACACAAUGGUGAAUUAAUAGGCGAUAAAUUUUUCUAAAAUACAAUCCAAUUAUUUCCGGGGUAGGGGAUUUGCUAACAUGGUUUUUAUCCCCAGCCCUGGGAAUUUGUCGUAUAUUUAAAAAAAAUUGGAACAAGCCCGGGGGGGGGACGGGCAUACUGGGAUUUGACUGAUACAUUUGUUUGCAAUCAAUCUGGGAGUUUCUUUUCAGACACAUUUGCAGGGAGCUUAUUUGAGAGGGGUGGGGGCUUUCCUCAAAUAUCCUCUGUUAUAAAUUAAUUUAUAUCUCUCAUUUCCAUAUCAUUUUAGACCUAUUGGCUUGGAUGAGAAUAGUGCUGUGCAACAGGCAAUAGAUGAAAGCAUUCAACAACUUGGGAAUACAGAGGAGGAAGAAGUGAAAAAUGAAGAUCCAAAUGACCUGGAAGAUGAGAGUGUUGUUAUUUUGAUUAAAGAUCAUGCCAAUAAAAUGGUUAAAGGAGAUCCACGAAGUGUUGUGGUGAGCAGAUUAAGUAUCUGGGAAACAGCAAAACCGUAUUUCUUACGACAGAGAUUUCUGCAAAGAAAUAGUUUGUUACGGGUAACCUUUGCUACAUUUGAAGGCCAAGAAGAUGCAGUUGACAAUGGUGGUCCUCGUCGGGAAUUUUUCCACUUACUUCUUGGAGCGAUGUCUAAAGAGAGUGGGACUUUAUUCAGUAUGUUCAUUAGAAUUUAUCUUUACUAGUAUGAUAGUCCAUAGGUGGCAACUGUUAGUUGUUGUUUAUGACUAUUUAUAAUCAGCAUUAUACAGUUGAACUUGAAAUUGCAGCCAGCAUUCACAUGUUUAUUAGAAUCUGCAGAUUCUUGACCUUAGUUUUGAAAUCAACAUACCAAGUUAGUUGGUUGAAAAAUAAUAUUAAACCUUAUUGCCAUGGUACUUGUUCACUGUUACUGUAUAUACAAUACCCAGAUUACACAUAAUCAUAAUUAUUUUUCAUACAUUUGUAGAUACUUCAGAAGGACACAUUAUCAGGCCCAAUUUUAAAGCCCUACAAAGUAGUGCAUUCUCAGUGGUGGGGAAAAUGCUUGCAACAAUGAUUGUUCAAGGAGGAGAGUUACCCCGUAUUUUCAGCCCCAGUUUAUGCCAGUACAUUCAGGGUGGAAUCGACAAUGCAUUUCCCCAAAUAGAUGAGGUAGCAGACAUAAUUGUACGAAAGUCUUUAAAGAAGGUAAGCAAAAGCAUUGAGUAGUGGUAAUUACAACACAAUGAUCUGGUUAGUGGUUUCUGCACUUCACUUGGUAAUAUUAGAAUUCUGUUUUUAGGGUUUGUAAUCCAAGUGAAUAUAUAUUACAUUUCAGGACCUAACCAGGAAUAACUGCGAAAAAUGCAGCACAAGGUCCUCUGGUAGGAAUUGAGAGGACCUUGUGCUGAAUUUUUCACAGUCGUUCCUGGUUAGGUCUUAAGAGAGGAUGUCCACAAAAAUCAAACAUAAAGCGGCCACGACUGAAAAAUCGAUUUUGCUCAAAUUUUGCCCAGAUAUACCUUAUUAUAUCGGAAAAUGCACCAUAUAUUUUUUUAGGUCAAAUGCUUUUUUAACUUUGAGAAAAUGCCGUUUUAACAUGACCACCCUAAAUCGCCAUUUUUUGGGGGAAAAUAUGCGCUGAUUUUACAGAUAAAUUUCACGACGACAACCGUUUCUAAUCGAUCUAAAACCCUAAAAAUCUUGUUUUCGGUUAUUCAAAGGACUGUGUACAUGACUUACAGGAAAUCUGAGUUACUUUUAGGAAUAGAAAUAAUCGUAGUUUUGGAGCACACUAUCUUACUUCAUUUGCGAUACCCUCUUAACAAAAUCGAUUUUCACCAUGCGAUAAAGCUCCAAAUCGAUCAUGCUUCUACUAGUUGGCUCUUGAAUAAAAAAGCUUUCAAUUGACGUAAAUACUUCUUUUGGCAAACGAAUACGCGAUAAACGACAGCGCGUUGAAAUCUUCCGUUUUUGACGUCUUGCAAGUCAAACGCUGUUAAUUUAUACACCGUCGAAGUAAACAAUUUAAUCAAGUAUUCUAAGUAUUUUACCUUUUGAGAAAAAACAUAUUCUUGAAUGGGGACUUUUCACUUUGCUAAGUUUAAAAGUGGUCCAGAAAUCCCAGUAUAUUUGUAAAAAAAUCAUCAAACAUCCAGUAUUUUGAGACAUUGUUGACAGUUGCAUGAUAACUUCAGAUCAUUAUUCAACGUGAUCUACGACCCGCCGACCCGGCCGUUUGACUUUUAAUAACGCUAACAUAUACAAAUCGAUGAGCUAUUUAAGGAUUAUAUUUGCUACUAAAUUCCCCAAAAGAAUUGGAACUACAACUGCUGUUUUCAGAGGUUUUGAUCCAUUUUGUCCAUAUUAAUGUACCAUUUUAUUUAUCGACUGAUUUUUACAAAUACGUAAGUUAAUUAUUAAGCAGCUGUUAGCGUGCGUGUACAUGUGAGAUGAACGUUUAUAAUGUUUAUCCAAAUAAGGAGUUUUUAUUUUUAGUUUACCAGCCCUUAUAUUUGAAUAGUCGUUUUCUUUCAAGUUGUUUUCUUUUUCAUACUCUGCAAAGUUGAUUCCGAAAUGUUAAGGUAUGCGAAAAAACUAUCGAACUUUUCUAUGAUAUUUACAGAGAAACGUCACAGCUGUAAACCCCCCUCCCCCACCCCCAAAACGAACAUAUGACGUUUCUUGUGGAAAAAUCGAUAUGUGAGGCUUCCCUAAAACUGCAAGGUUUACACUAUUGAAUUAAAAUCCCACAGACCACAACGAUUAUACGUAUUGAUUGUUUCUUGACGAUAGUAGACGCGUACGUGCAUGUUGCGGAAGAGGUUAUUUCGCUGGCCUCAGAGUGACAAAAGGUACCCUGGUUCUAGACUGGGGUUUAAAAUAAUAAACCUCUGUUUGAAAGCGGCAAUUAAUUCAUCGAGCCGCGCCAAUCAGCUUGAAUUAGGGUAGAUAGUUAUGAUAAGACAAGGGCGGCGCCAGGGCCGCCCAUGCAGGGAGGCGGCAAAGGGAGCAAUUUUCUCCGCGACCCCAGCUCAAGGAAGACAGGCAAAUACAAAUUUGCAAGCCGAUAAAAAGUUUGUCGACGGAGGGGGGUAAUUGUGGUUCACCGGGGCCCCAAGGGUAUAAUUGGCCCUGGGGCCCCAUAUUUCACUGAGCUGGUUUGGGCUGCGCCAGUAUUUCUCCGACGGGGGGAGUCAUCAGUGCCCUCUUUUGAUCUUUGUCAAUUGGCAUUAAAACCGCAAGAACUGCCGACAAGUGACCAGCUGGGCCGGAUUAACGUCGCGCGAGGCCCGUGGCAAAUUUUAGCGCGAGGCCCCCAAACCUCCCCCUUUCUUCUUUUUAUGAAAACCAUUGAAUUUAAAGACACACAAAAGUGUUAAAUAAUUUUUUUCAAUAUUUCAAUUUAUUUGCAUCAAUUAUAAACGAGAUAAUGGCCUGCCUGGCGCAGUUGGUGGGUAUAAACAGGAUCAUAAUAUAACAGCUCAACGCAACUAAAGAUUAUAUGAACACGAGUAUUGCAUAUUUUCCCGGGUCCGUGCUAGGGCGAACUGCCAAGCCUAUAGGGGCCCUAAAUGCGCGAGGUCCCUAAAUUCGCGAGGCACCUAAAAUGGGUGUAUCCCAAUAGAAAAUGGCCGUGUUCUCGUAAAAAUGGGCGUAGUACAGUAUUAAAGCGCGAGGCCCAUGGCAUUUGCCGUAUUUGGCACGUGGUUAAUCCGGCGUUAAACGAGCAACAAGCUUUCAUUUUCUUUAAACGCGACGUAUGGGGAGACAAUAAUAAUUUGUGAUGUCGCACUGGGCCAAAUUACUUUUAUUUUUGGGUACUAGUACUUGUGAAAUAUAAUAAGAUCAAUAGACAUUAGUGUAUCAAAAUAAAGUAAUUUUACUGAUUAUUUUAACUGUGCAUCAAAGUAAACACACAUUAUUCUAAACUACAGUAUUUGCUAUAUGCCUAUAAUUUGAGUUUGAGGUGGUAGAAUAUAUAAUAAAAUAACAAAUCCUUGUAUGGAUAAAUGUUCAUUUCACACGCACGCUAUUAACCGCUGCUUAAUAAUUAACUUAUGUCUUCGUAAACAUUUAUACUCGAUAGUCGAUAUGUAAAUACUAAAUGGUACAUUAUAUGGAUCAAUGCAAACUGGAACAAAACAACAAUUGUCAAUUGAAGUUCUAAUUUUGGGAAAAUUAGUAACAAAUAUAAAACCACUAAACAGCUCAUCGAUUUGUAUGUUUGCGCUAUUAAAAGUAGACAAUAUUGAACAAUGAUCUGAAGUUGUCACGCAACUGACAACAAUAUUAUAUUUCAAAAUACCUGUAUAUGAUGAUAUUUUACAAAUAUCUCGGGAUUUUUGGACCAAUUUUAAACUAAGCAAGGUAAAAAGUCUCCAUUCAAGACUAUAUCUUCUUCUCAAAAGGUAAAAUACUUAAAAUACUUGAUUAAAUUGUUUACUUCGACGGUAUGUAAAUUAACAACGUUUGACUUGCAAGACGUCAAAAACGGACGAUUUCAACGCGCUGUCGUUUAUCGCGUAUUCAUUUGCCAAAAGAAGUAUUUACGUCAAUCGAAAGCUUGCUUAUUAAAGAGCUAACUAGUAGAAGCAUGAUCGAUUUGGAGCUUUAUCGCAUGGUGAAAAUCGAUUUUGUUAAGAGGGUAUCGUAAAUGAAGUAAAAUAGUGUGCUCCAAAACUACGCUUAUUUCUAUUCCUAAAAGUAACUCAGAUUUCCUCUAGUCAUGUACACAGUCCUUUGAAUAACCGAAAACAAGAUUUUUAGGGUUUUAGAUCGAUUAGAAACGGUUGUCGUCGUGAAAUUUAUCUGUAAAAUCAGCGCAUAUUUCCCCAGAAAAAAUGGCGAUUUAGGGUGGUCGUGUUAAAACGGCAUUUUCUCAAAGUUAAAAAAGAAUUUGACCUAAAAGAAUAUAUGGUGCAUUUUUCGAUAUAAUAAGGUAUAUCUGGGUAAAAUUUGAGCAAAAUCGAUUUUUCAGUCGUGGCCGCGAAAUGUCUCAUAUGUUCGAUUUUUACUGACAUUCACUCUUAAUAUAUUAUAUAUAUAUAUACUCACUUGGAUUACAAACCUUAAAAACAGCAUUCUAAUUACAACACAUUUUAAUUUGAGCAGUAUUUUUAAGCCCUUUUUCAAGACCAUUGAAAAACACUACACUACCCUACUAUUGUAUACAUUCAUUGUAAAUUUUAGUUGCAAGAAGCAAAGACCCAGCUUGAUGUCAACAAAUGUUGGACUGAAUGCGAGUGGAAAGUAGAUAUAGAUGGAUUGCCUUUAAAGAUCAAUCUCAAUGAAAGACACAUAUUGGUUAAUGAAAUCACCAAGUACUAUGUCAUCAUUAGAUGUAAAUCUAUGCUGGAUCAAUUUAUCCAAGGCCUUUCAUAUUAUGGGGUUUGAUAUUUUCAUACUAUUUACCGUACUAUUUGUGUAAUAACUACAGUAUGUCACCCGAUUUUUCAGAGUUAAUAAAAAAAGCAUGGCCGGAACUGGAACUCUGUUGUUUUCAGAGAGAUAGAAUAUCAAACGUUUUUGUGUCUAACAAAAGUUCACAGUAGGAAGUCAUUUGGAGUACACAAGGAAAAUAUGCACCAUUAACAUUUCAUUAUGACGUUUAAUGUUUGUCAAUAUUUUUAUUCUAAUGUAUGGCUUAAUAAAUCAGUUCCGGUUCCGGCCGAAACUUUUCAGUUCUGGCCGGUUCCGGCCGGAACUUCAAAAAUUAGUUCCGGUGCACCCCUAAAAAACGUCUGAUUAACUAAUUGGCACACAUAGGUGUAUGGAUAACAAAAUUUUAGGGGGGCAGCCGAUUUUUGCCUGAUGUGACCCCACCCAGUUAUUUUGCCCGAUGGUGAGCUAAAAAUUGCCCAACUGGUUCUAUAACUAUUGGUUCUAAAAAUUGCCUGGUUGGGUCAAAAUUAGGAGCCCCCCCCCCCCUUGUACACCUAUGCUGACUGUAUAAUUUGAGAUGACAACUAUUUCUUCACAGGUAUUAGAUUUUAUCAGAAGCAGUAAAGGGAUGGCUCAUCAUCUAUUUUCGUGCAAGAAAGGUGGCAAAGUGAAUGUUCAACAGGUGAUAAAAACAUUGAAGCCUGCUUUUUCACCACAAGGAAACCAGCGAAGAGUUAAAGAAGAAAUAGUGAUGGCAAUAUUCAUUGCCUUUUUAAAAUCAAUUGAAGGUAAACAUUUUUAAAUACUAACUUACAAUACAUGAGCAGGGCUCGAAACUUGCGGUAUCCAGAUAUCCACAGGAUAUCAGAUUUUCAUUUUGAAUACUGGGUAUCAUAAGCUCAGUAUCCCAACUGGAUACUAGGAAAACUUAGAAAUUGCUAUAGUAGAUAAUAAUCUAGACUUUGGGCAUGUUUCCGAACUUCAAUGUCUACGGAUUUUGUCAGAAUAUUUAAAAAAAAAAUUUCACAAACAGUGCUUUCUUUCGUAUCGCCGCAGUGUGUUAUUUUCAAUUUUUUCGAAUUUCAAUACACAUUUUUAUUAUUGAAACUAAAGGCCUGGUUUUUGUUCAGCAACUGAAGGCCUGGUUGCAAGGUAAAAUUUUGCCUUGCUUAGAUACUGGAAAUAGAAUAUCUAGUAUCCAAAUCUGGGUUACUAUAUUUCAAGGAUGGAUACUAGAUUCUAUGAUGCUGGUAUCCACUUGGAUACUGACAAAAAUUUUAAGUUUCAAGCCCUGCAUGAGACUUUUAACAGUGGAAAUUAAUGCAUAUUGUUUUCUAUUUCAGAUGGUACUUUACAGGAGUGCUUAGAAGACAGUGAUUGGAAAUUAACCGAACAAGAGAAAAGCAUCAUUCCUUUGUUGACACCAAGCCAUAUGCUACUGUUUGCAACUGGGGCAGCCAACACACCAUCUAUUGGUUUUGAUCCGAAACCAAUGAUAACCUUUGUUCAUGAUGAGGGAAAGUCUAUUCCUAGUGCACAAACCUAA